AUGGCCCUCCUGGCGCGGAUCCUGAGAGCCUGGCUGCGACCGGUGCCCGAGCAGGGUGGGCUCCUGGGUGGUGGGGCCCCGCGGCGGCCCCAACCCUCGGGCGCACGGCUCCCGGCCGGGGCGCGGGCGGAGGACAAUGGCGCGGGGCGGCCGGGAGCGCAGCCGGCCGGGGGCCAGGCCGAGGGUCCCCGGAGUCUCGCCGCCAUGCCGGGGCCGCGGACCCUCGCCAACUUGGCGGAGUUCUUCUGCAGGGACGGCUUCAGCCGCAUCCACGAGAUCCAGCAGAAGCACACACGGGAAUAUGGAAAAAUCUUCAAGUCUCACUUUGGUCCUCAGUUUGUAGUAUCUAUUGCAGACCGCGACAUGGUGGCUCAGGUGCUCCGGGCGGAGGGCGCCGCGCCCCAGAGAGCCAACAUGGAGUCCUGGCGGGAGUACCGAGACUUGCGGGGGAGAGCCGCCGGGCUCAUCUCGGCGGAGGGUGAACAGUGGCUCAAGAUGAGAAGCGUACUGAGACAGAGAAUUCUGAAACCAAAAGAUGUGGCCAUUUAUUCUGGAGAAGUCAACCAAGUUAUUAAUGACUUAAUUAAAAGAAUCUACCUCCUCAGGAGCCAGGCAGAAGAUGGAGAAACCGUGACCAAUGUCAAUGACCUUUUCUUCAAAUAUUCAAUGGAAGGAGUGGCCACCAUUCUUUAUGAGAGUCGUUUGGGCUGCCUGGAAAACAACGUCCCACAGCUCACUGUGGAAUACAUCGAGGCUCUGGAGCUCAUGUUUAGCAUGUUCAAAACCUCCAUGUACGCAGGCGCCAUCCCCAGAUGGCUUCGUCCCUUCAUCCCAAAGCCCUGGCGGGAAUUCUGCAGAUCCUGGGAUGGACUCUUCAAAUUCAGCCAAAUUCAUGUUGACAACAAGUUGAGGGACAUACAGUACCAAAUGGACCGAGGCCAGAGGGUGAGCGGGGGACUUCUCACAUACCUCUUCCUUAGCCAGGCGCUGACGCUACAGGAGAUAUACGCCAAUGUGACCGAGAUGCUGCUGGCCGGCGUCGACACGACGUCCUUCACCUUAUCCUGGACAGUGUAUCUCCUGGCAAGGCACCCAGAAGUGCAGCAGACAGUGUACCAGGAGAUCGUCAGGAAUUUGGGGGAAAGGCAUGUUCCAACUGCAGCUGAUGUCCCCAAGGUCCCGCUGGUCAGAGCUCUCCUUAAGGAAACCCUGAGGCUGUUUCCAGUGCUGCCAGGGAAUGGCCGGGUCACCCAGGAAGACCUGGUUAUUGGCGGAUAUCUGAUUCCCAAAGGCACCCAGCUGGCCCUUUGCCACUAUGCCACAUCAUACCAGGAUGAGAACUUCCCUCGGGCCAAGGAGUUCCGUCCCGAGCGCUGGCUGCGGAAAGGAGACUUGGACAGGGUUGACAAUUUUGGGUCCAUCCCCUUCGGUCACGGGGUUCGCAGCUGCAUCGGGCGGAGAAUUGCGGAACUGGAGAUUCACCUCGUCGUGAUCCAGUUGCUUCAACAUUUUGAGAUCAAAACAUCUUCUCAGACUAAAGCUGUUCAUGCAAAAACCCACGGGCUCCUGACGCCAGGGGGGCCCAUCCACGUGCGAUUUGUUAACAGAAAGUAAGCCUGGGUUUUAAACCCGGGCUGAAGUAGCAGACCAGCUCGCCAACACAC